AUGAGUUCUAUCGUUUCUUCAUCUCGGGGAACACUUUCACCUUCAGGCUUUGGUUCCUACGGCUCCCCAGCUACUGGGGCUUCUAGCCCUUUCGGCCACCCUGAACCAGGCAUUAAUGACAAUGAGGAUGCAGAACUGCUCUCUUACCCUCCAAAUAAGGUUAUCAUCUGGGAUGAUCAUCAGAGCCGGUGCAUUGGUGAAUUUUCAUUUAGAUCUGAAGUUCGUGGUGUUAAAUUAAGACGGGAUCGUGUUGCUGUUGUCCUUGAGCAUAAGAUAUACAUGUAUAAUUUUAUGGAUCUGAAGCUCCUUCAUCAAAUAGAAACUUCAGCUAAUCCCAGGGGGCUUUGUUGCCUCUCACACCAGUUAAACACCUCCGUGUUGGCUUGUCCCGGUCUUCGUCGAGGACAAGUUCGUGUUGAACAUUUUGGCUUAAACAUGACAAGACUGAUCAAAGCUCACGAUUCCCAGUUAGCUUGCCUUACAUUAACGAUGGAUGGCCUGUUGCUUGCAACUGCUAGUACCAGGGGCACCUUAGUGAGAAUUUUUAAUACAAUGGAUGGCUCUCAAUUACAAGAGGUGCGGAGAGGAGUUGACAGAGCAGAUAUAUAUGGUAUUGCUCUUUCACCUAAUGUUCAAUGGUUAGCCCUGUCUAGUGAUAAAGGCACUGUACAUAUCUUUGGUCUCAGAGUUCGGGUGGUUGGGGAGGACCUUGCAACUGAUCCAGGCACUGGUAUGAUUCCAACAAUGUUCCAUCAGAACUCUUCUUCUUCUCUUGAUGCUCUCAUUUCGCCUAGUACCGCUGCCAACCCUGGUUCAUCAUUGUCUUUUAUGAAAGGUAAAAGUAGUUUUAAGGUUAUGAUACAUCAGAAAUAAAAAUGUUGUUGGAUUGUUGCAAAUUCCUGAAUGCUAAAGUGCUUGCCAAAUAUUGUUUAUAGAAGCUGAUUUUCUGAUUGGGAAAUAGUAGCCUUCGCAUACUGAUUCCAUCACAAUUUAAAGACGCUUCUGUAAUGGAAUACUAAAAUUAAUUUUUCCCAUUCUUCUUUUUGUGCUCACCUAUUUUAACGUUGCCCUUGGACCCUUGUAUAAUUUAAUGGUAAGGAUUUUUAAUAUUUUCCUUAUGGGAAUGUCCAAGUGGAAUGAAAUGGUAAUUUUAAGUCAAUGAUUCAUUUUCAGGGGUAUUGCCGAGAUAUUUCAGUUCAGAGUGGUCAUUUGCACAGUUUCGUUUACCAGAGACCACACGUUUCAUUGCAGCAUUCGACUCCCAGAAUAGUGUUAUAAUUGUUGGCAUGGAUGGGAGGUAUGUGACUUUUUCACCUAGAAUCUGAACUAUCGUGCCUUAUUCAAAUGUGGUAUUACAGCUCAAAUUUAUGCCUUAUUCAAAUGUCUACUGGUUCAUCUGUCCAAGCAUGUUUCUCUGUUGUGGAUUCCUUCUAAAAGAAGUGAUUAUUGAUUACUCUAAUCAAUGUUAAUCUUGGAUGGCAUCGACAGUUUUUAUAGGUGCAAGUUUGAUCCAGUUAAUGGAGGAGCGAUGGUGCAGCAAGAGUAUUUCCGCUUUCUGAAAACGGAAACUAGAUCUCGGUAGCGCCCUCAUGAUUUAUACACAACUGCUUAAGCAGGAAACAUUGUUGUUGUUUAUGUUUAUAGUGCCUUGAUUUAUCAGUGUAACUACCACCAAAGGGCAUAAAAUUGCAUCAAAUGUACAGAUCAAACAUAUGCAUAAGCAUAACAACUUUUGUUUUGUACUCGCUUUGAGCUGUUUCCGGAGAACUGAGAUCCAAAUUAUUGACUUAAUCAUGUAAGUUGUAAUAAGAUGAAUAUAUACUGUUUAGUUUAAUGGAAUUUGUUGUACUUUGUUCAUUCAGCU